AUGUCCGAGAAAGACUGGAGAGACGACGAUGCUUUUGACAUACCCGAGACCGGAGAGUUCGCCAUCUAUGGAACGGUGUAUGCCGCGCCAGAACACGCGGACAAAGUCGAAGCCGUGUAUAAGGAAACAACAAAACGUGCUGAGAGUGAAGAAGGCACGAUAUACUACUGCAUAUCUCGGGACGCCAAUGAUCCUAGUAUCUUCCAUUUCUUCGAACGAUAUAAAUCAAAACAAGCUUUCGAAAAGCACAAUGACCAGAAGAUCAUCCUUGACUUGGUUAACAGCGACUGGAUGAAGGAUGUAAAGGCUGUCUUUGUCAGGCCAAUCACGCCGUGA